UUCUGUUCUGUUCUGGGUGGCUAGAGCCUUCAGCCCAGCAAGUGCCACGAUGAAACUGAAGCAAGGAUCGUUUCUGUGGUACCUCUAUCUGGACAAGCUGUAUUGCCUGUUGUCUGUGAGGAAUGUGAAGGCCUUGCUGGAGUAUUUUCACCUUCUCGAUGUGCACCACAACAACACCUUGAAUGAUGUGCUGUUCUAUCACUUCCUUCGUCAUGUGACUAGCUGGAAACGGACACAGAUCAUGAUUGUGUUUAACAUGCUGGACUGGAAUGCUAUGGGCGAGAUUGGUUUUGACCAGUUCUACAUGUUGGUCUGCAUCCUGCUGGCACAACAGAACCACUUGGAAGAGCAAUUUAUCUUCCGUCUCCGGCCUGUUUUUGAGCUGCUUGACCUGGAUGGGGAGCUGAGAAUUGGUGCAGACAACUUCCACAUGUACAACUUUCUCUUCAAUAUUAAAAAACAGGAACUCAGAGAGCUCUACCAUGACUUUGACAUCACAGGUGACCGUCGUCUUAAUUACAAGGAAUUUAAGCUGUUUACUAUCUUCACCAUGGACAAAUACCAGGAGAAGCAGAAAGCAGAGAAAGAGCAAGGGAAAACGGCUCCACUCAAAAAGAAAAGGCCACAUCGCUUUAUUUUGAGCUCAAAACUUUUUUAG